AGCCAGGAGUUCUAACUCCACACAGUUAUAACGUCGUAAUACCCCUUUGGCUUUAUGUUCGAAUGUUAGGUCUUUUAUGUGUUCGUUCAUAAUAUGACGUACAUACCAAUUACCAAAGCUAGUAAAUUACCGGAUGUUUUAUUAUAAUUUUUGGCAUCGUUCAGGUUAUUGCUAUUGUUUCUCGUUUACUGUAAUCAGCUAUAUCAACGACUCUAACAACUUCCAGUGAAGCAGCAAGGACUCCAAAAAUUUCGAUAAGACAUGCCAGGAAAUCAGUGUGAUCCAGGCUUUGAGAGAAACACUACAAAAAGGUGCUGACAGUAAAACAUACACAUAUCGAUAAGUCCCUGAACGGAGGAGUUAGGACUAAGAGCCGUGUUUAUUGGUUGUUUGGAGGGUCUCCAGUCACCUGAUAGGUCCGUAGCCCUGAUAAUAGCACCUGAUAGGUCUAUAUAUCCCUGAUAGAGCCGUCUGUAUGGCUGAUAUCCUGGUUAGACUCGCCUUGUGGGCUAGUGUCUCGGAUACAGGCAUCGUUCACGAUAUCGUCACUUUAAUACAGUCGUAAUGUAUCUAUUAGAUAGUAUCUACUUUGAACUAGCCUAAAUUAACAGCAGUUUUACAGUGCUUCUAGUCCCCGCUACUCGUGGGGAAAGCACACACAUUAUUUUUUCUAGUCGUAUUAGUCCUAAACUCAUCUCCUGAUCCGGUUAUAAUACCUCUAAAAGAGUUAAAGUGUGUCACUGCUGUGUACUACUUAUUAUUUCAAUGUUUUCCUCCCCGGAAGUCGUCAUGAUAUACGACAGUCUGAUCUCGUAGAUGUGCACUGUGUAUGGGGUAUUCUGGUAAUAUGUGAUAUGUGUAGAGGCCAGUGUAGAGAUUACAAUGCCCAUACCAACAUGCCAGCUCUACAACUGAUCAAUUGGCGCUUGUUUUUAUGUCACUUUGUGUAAGUAGGCACUUCAAUAUGACGUGGUAAACUGGUGUAGUUAUUUUGUAUUUUUAUUAAAUUAAUACAUACUUUAUUUAAAGCUUGGUGUUUCCAUGGUGGUAGUUUUUAUUGAUGUCUUGAUUCUAGAUCCCCUAACGUUAUCCACUUAACUGUUGAUGGACUUAAUUAAGUAUUAAUUAAUUAAUUAAGUAUUUUAAACCUGUUCUGCCACACUGAAUUCGACAAACCCCUGCGUUCAUUAAGAAAGCUUAUUCGUAUAGCUUACUACUCUGUUCUCGGCUCUUUUACUACUCUAACUUACUACUAUGUUAAAAAAACUUAAUAAAGUCUUAAAAAUUUCACCUAAAGUCGUACACAUUUAAACUUUUCCCAAUAUAAUAAUUGGAUCUCUGCCACACUGAACUUGACAAACCGAAUCAGCGAAUACCAAGCAAUAAUUAUUGUGAUCUAAUACCCCCGCGUUCUUUAAGAAAGCUUAUUCCUAUACAGUCGGGCCCUAUACUACAGCUUCCUACCCUGUUCUUGUCUCUUUUACCACUUACCACUAGGUUAAACAUUACACCCAAUCACCUAUAUUAAAGGCUACUACCUGUAAAUUCCUGUAUCAUCUGUGAUGUACCAACUUCCAACAAAGUAUUUCGCAAAUUAGGUGCAGUCCUUCAGAAUAGGUUCACAGGAAAAUUCUCAAGGAUUCUCUUUGCUUCGUGCUACGGCCAGGAAUACCAUUGGAAUGUUAGAAAUUCGAAAUUACAACACCCGAGUUAUUGGAUAACUUAAAGUUUUAUCUGGGUGUGCUUAAUUUUGUACUAUUUUUAGUUAAUUUUAGAGCUACACGGUUCAUCCGGGGUUUGGUACUAUCUUCACCUUACUUAUAUUACUUUGCGUACCCUAUAUAAAUGCAAAAUAAUUUAAUUUAAAAUUCCAGAUCAUCGGGAAGGGUACUAAUUGUUAUCGCUAAUUAUGUAUGAAUUCAAAUUGACAGUGGACCAACAUGCCCACUCGCUGUCAGUUAUUCUGGACUCUCACUUUAUGACGGACCUUAUAUGACCGAUAGUAUGACCGAUAUUACAUUUGAUGUUCAACUCCAUUUGGGAGCAUUCAGAAACUUUGCAUUUGAUAUCUGGUAUAGUAUUGGCUUUUAAGUUUUAUUGUCCUGGCAAUUUUGCAGUAUUUAGCAAUUAGAUUUAUUCGCUAGCGGCUAGUGGCUCGUUAGGCUCUUGACCAUUUUUAACAGGUGGUAUGGAACGUGAUUUAAUAGUUGUACCUUCCUGUAUAUAUACAGGUCUUUUGGUUGUGUUACUACGUUUUAAACUGAAAUUCCAAUCAGUCACCAGAUGUCAAUAACUUAGCGACAUUAUCAAAGUGGAAAAUUUUGGCUUCCACACUUUGAACGUAGACAUUUUAGAGACACGUUAUUUAUUUUGAUUUCAUUGAUUUUCAAAAAGCCUUCGAUUCUGCCAGGCAUUAGAUUAAUAUAUUAUAUCUAAUUCGCAGUUUUUAAGUUGUUAAAAGCAUCCAUUUCACAUUGUACCAGCUUUUAUACAUUAACACGUUUAAUAAAGUAUCGGUCUGUCGCCCGUCCAGACUCGUGCUGUACAACGUGCCGUACAACGUGCCGUAGAACGUGCUAAUUGCUAUCAAGGUUCGAACAUCAGUUUCCAGGCAACAACCAUACUCUAUCUUUCUCUUAGGGUUUGGGCACCAAAACGGCUUCCUCUCUUUUCUUUUGAGUUCGGUUACCCAACAACAGCGGUACCCUAUUUUAACCUGAGGGUCCGGUUGUUUGGGACUCGGAAUGAGCGUAAACUGUGCGGUUCAACAUGGCUACAAUUCAAGUAAAGGGUAACAAAAACAGUAAUAGAAACGAGUACAAUCAGAAACGUCUGGUAACGCGCCGUAAGAAGAGCUCAAGUCGCCUAAUAUCCGAGGACACAGCGCUAGGUAUAAGAUCAGAGAGGAGCAGCAGUUCUUCUUCAGAAGAGGAGGAGCUAAUCAAGACCCGUCUUGGUGACACCCUAGAAGACAUCAGAUCUGAUACACCACGCACACAAGGUGACAAGAACCUAAACAGUAACCUAAACAGACAGCAGUCAGAACGGCGGAUAUCUCGGCGAGACAUAGUCGCACUGCUGGACGAACAGAGAUCUUUUAGGGAGGAACUUGAGGACAUCAACAAAACCAACUUCAACCUAGAACACCUUCUGUCAAAUUGUGCAUUGAAGGUAGAAAAUCUCAACAGAAAACUACUGCUUGUUGAGUACGAACUGUCCGAUAUCAACGGAGCAGAUUUCAGCAACAUUAACAGAGCUGACUAUAACAAUCGUGAUCAGCCGGAGAUGAAGUGGAAGGAAAGCAAGGAGAAAAGAGAAGAGAAGGGGAAGGAAGGGUGUGUGGAAGAGGAGGAGGAACUCCCUAGAAGCGGCCCACUGAGAAGAUCGGAGGAGAAAUGGGACUUAGCAAGUCCCAGUCCAACUUUCGACCAUGGCAGACACAAGUUGGAGAAAUACGCCAAAAUCCACGGUAUUGUAAAGGUUGAGAUCGAGAUGUAUAGCAGUGCUGACGAUUUCGAGACCACCACUGAUAACAAGGAGUCGGAGGAGUUAGAGAAUUUUCUUGAAGAUUUUAAGACAAACAGCGAUUCUGAAAACACCUUUUCUUAUGGUGACAAGGACAAAACCAAUGAACGUAAUGGGGGCGUCCUCGAGAAAAAAGCUGAAUUGAGGAAAGAAAUUCCAUCAACCAGCAAACCUUUCCGAUUUAGCACUCGAGAUGAACUUGAUGGACCCAAGGACACGUUCAAAAUUGAUCACAACAUUCAUCCUAAUCCAGUUGAUGAUUCUUCUGAAAGAUCAAAAUCCGAUUCAGUUCACCAUCAGCCCUCAUCUGCAGCUGUCGAGUACAGUCUGGUUGAUCCAGACAAAGAUAUCUUCAGCCAAAGCAUUCACAGCAAUGACACUUUAGAGCAAAUCAAUAUAGUAUUCCCAGCUGAAGAUCCACCUCCCAGUAGUAGAAUGGCUAAAACAAGCAGUACUGUUGACAUGGCAACAGUUAUACCGGACAAAGAGCAAGACUUGUUGGCUGGCUGGAUGGACGUAGGUACCACGCUGCUGGGGGAGGAGGACGGUUUGGGAGGAAGUUGGGUGGACGAUGUGUUGAGACAGUAUGACAGGGAGAGCAGUAGAGAAAGAGAGAGUCUCUCUGAAACUGCGCUCAGUAACGGCUUAGAUUUUAGACUGGAAACGAUGUCAUCCUCUUCAUUUUUCUCGGAAGGUGAUGAUCGAGUCAGACAUGGAGAAGAACCAUCCUCGCUAGAGAAACGGAUAUCGGAUAAGAAUAAUGGUUACUCUGAGCCAGAGAUGUCAAGACAUGAAUCACCAGAUUAUGACUCUGUCUUCAGUCCAAAUGCAGAUAACGAUUGGCCAGGUCCUGGAGAAUUUGAUCUCUCACUGGAGGCUGGGAAGAUUAGUCCCGAUAAACCAUUUAUGACUCCAAACUCAACGAGAUCCUCGGUGGGCAAAAAAGAUUCGAACUCAAGACGUUCAUCAGCUGAUCAUGCGAAGAUUCCGGAGUCGAAUUCAAGAAGAUCUUCCGUCGACAAAAAACUUUCAACUUCAAGCUCCAGACGAUCUUCACUUGAUAAUCGAAUUUCUACUCCUGAUUCCUCAAGGUCAUCUCCAGGAAGACGAGGAUCCUCGCCAGACUCACGAAGACCGACUCCGGAUAUACGGAGCUUCACUCCGGACGUGAUACCGGAAGAAACCAUUGCGGAUCUUCCUGAAGCUGAUGACAAUCACGAAACUGCUAAAGCGAAAUAUUCAACCAGUGACGUAUUCAACGAUCCUUGGCUAAACUCUAUUUCUAGCAUAAACGACCUGAAGAAAUACACGGAGAAAGAAGAAGUUGUUGCUGACGAGGCUGAGAUAAAACAACAAGAAGAUGACGAAUUGGAUGCGUUAUUGGCGGAUCUUGAAAUAACAGUAGAGGACAUAAAUAAGUCGUACAACACCCCGACUAUUAGGAUAGAAUCUGGUGUUGAGGAUGGUGCCAAUCUUACUCUUAAAAGACACAGGGACGACGAGAUAGAACCGAACUCUCCAUCACCCUUCACGUCACCCAUGACAGAAACAGACGGGUCCGAGUCGAUGAGUAACUUUGGACUGGACAGACAAAACUCCCGAUCUCACAGCAUCUUCGACAUGGAGGACUCGGACGAGGAACGGCGCCGCAAGUGGAGGGAACGACCCUUCCCCAAGCGGGCAGCUCGCAGCUUCUUUGCAAGGUUGUGCGCAUGUUGGCACCAUUGAAGCAAGGAUUGGUAGAGACUGACAUUAUGAAGCUAGCGAAGCCAUCUGCCUAUCACUGGCGUCAACAAAUUCAGCUCAAGAUAAUCCAACAGAUAUACGACAUGCUCAAAAUGUAGCAAACUUCAUUUCGUCCUCUUUCCGAGACCUAACUAGGUGGAAUCUUGCAUGUCAUAGCCAUGAUGUAUUUCUGACUUCUAAUUAAUGUACAAAGAUAACAAAGAAAAGAUCAGGAUCGAGUAAAGAAUGUGUGUUAUUAACGCUGCUCAAAUAAUAUCACUCAUUUCGAGAUUUGGUAUAAAUAUAAAGAUAUUUUAACAAUUUGGUGAAAUGAGUAUCAUCAUCAUAUGCCUUGCCUUUCACUCUGGAUAGAGAACCUUUUUUUCCAUAAAAAGGAUUAUCUAUAAUUCGUCUGCACACCUGCACUCAACUGAUGAGCAGUGCCUACCAGCACUGUGAUGAUAUAAACAAUGGUAUUUUACGGAAAUUCUUCAACGACAGAACACGCAACUAUUCCAAAAAUUCAAUUCAGAAUUGACUCAUUAGAUGACGUAAUGGUUAGGAAUGUCGAAUGUGCUCACUGUCGUUUUCUGUCGUUCAUCACGAAUGAUUUUCAAGUUUCUUGAGUAUUCUUGGAGCUCAUAAAAUGGUGACAGACUUCAAUAUUGAUUGGUAAAGAAAAAUUUGUUUUUUGUGCAAUUUUAGCUUUCAAUUUUGAUUCGAAGACUUGAUUUUUGUGAUGAUAAUUUAUUAUUUUCUAGAAUUUAUUUAUUUGUUAUGUUAAUUAACCGUUAAUUAAGUACAAAAAUUUCGAUAUUUUAUAUA